CAUAAAUACGAGUGUGGAUGGUGCAGUGGGGAAGGGAGGUGUACCUUACAACAUCACUGUACAUCUAACCAAAACCAGUGGCUGGACUGGUCCAGUAGGAAUGUCAAGUGCACCAACCCACGCAUUACUGAGAUCCUCACUGUAUCUGGACCACCUGAAGGAGGAACCCUAGUGACAAUCCGUGGAAUGAAUCUUGGGUUGGCUUUCUCUGAGAUUGCUCACAAUGUGCUUGUAGCUGGAGUACAGUGCACGCCAGUGCAGGAGGAAUACAUCAUUGCAGAACAGAUUGUUUGUGAAAUGGGUCCAGCCCCACCUACAUUUAGUUCUGGGCCAGUGCUUCUUUGCGUUGGAGAAUGUAAACCAGAGUUCAUGGCGCGAUCCUUACAGCAGUACAGCUUUGUGAAUCCAACUGUUUCCCAUCUUAGCCCAAGCCGGGGUCCUGAAUCUGGGGGUACCAUGAUAACAAUAACAGGCCAUAAUCUUGGAGCUGGUAGUACCGUUUCCAUCCGCUUUGGAAACCAAACCUGUGAAUUCUAUGGGAGGUCUCUUAACGAAAUUGUUUGUGUAUCUGCUCCAUCUUUAUAUGGCGUGGGUCCAGUUCAUGUGUUUGUCAGCGUGGACAGAGCCCAGAUAGAGAGCAACCUACAGUUUGAAUAUAUUGAUGACCCGAAAGUCCAACGAAUUGAACCUGAGUGGAGUAUUGCCAGUGGUCACACAUCCCUUACAAUUUCUGGUACCAACCUGGAUAUCAUACAGGAGCCAAGAAUUCGAGUGAAGUAUAAUGGCAAGGAAUCUGUGAAUGUGUGUAAGAUAGUGAAUGCCUCUUGUCUGACAUGCUGGGCUCCUGCCCUUACUCCAGAAUAUCGUCCUGGACUGGAUGCUGUGGAAAGGCCAGAC